UUUUCCUAUUAGAGAUUCUGGUUUUCCAAACAGUAACCAAAAUUAUAGGAAGUUCCCCAAUUAUUCUUCCCUUUCCUAUUAAGGAAAAGCAAUUCCUAAUUCUUACUCCUAUAAAUAGUUUCCAAAUUUAAAACCCAAUUCCGUCUUACAACUACAAGUAAAACGAGUAAAUAAAAUCUUUUCCGAUUCUUGAAUGUAACAAAUCUUUGAUUUACACAUUGUACUCUCUCUAUAAAUUAUAAAUCAACAACUCCUCAAUUUACAAAGCCAUAAAUAAUUCUCUCUCCCACCAUGAACACUAAUAAUACCAAGAACACAAACACCGUCAACUCCACUGCCGUUACCGUCAAGAAAACUCAAGGGCGGAGGAAAAUAGCAAUCAAGCCAAUAGCAAACCAAAACAGUAGGCACGUUACUUUUUCCAAACGCCGUUUGGGUCUUUUCAAGAAAGCUAGCGAACUUUGCAUCUUAAGCGGUGCAGAAAUCGCUAUCAUCGUUCAGUCAUUAAAACGACAACGUUUAUUCGCCUUCGGUCAUCCCAGCGCUGACGCCAUUAUCGACAGGUACCUCGCAGGAAAAUCAUCAUCAUCGUCACCACUGGCCGUUGAUCAUCAAUCCAACUUUGUGCAACAGAACAACGAAUACUAUUCUCAGAUAUGUAGAGAAUUAGAGGCGGAGAAGAAGAAGAAAGAGGUUAUCGAUGAAUCGAAGAUAGUGAAUGGUAAUAAUAAUGGAGGAUUUUGGUGGAAUGAACGUACUGAUGAUAUGGGGAUUGAAGAACUUGAAGAAUUUCUAACUGCAUUGGAAGAAUUGAAGAAGAAAGUAAAUGUGAGAGCUGAUGAAUUGAGUAUGUUAAAUGGUUCUUCACUGCCAAGUACUUCAACUAUGAACCAUGCUGUUGAUUAUUGUGCUUCCAUUGUUCCUUAUGAUUUCAAUCACCAAGUAGAUGGCCAGUUCUGAAGCAUUUAUGUAAAAUUUAAAACAUGAUUAGUUGGUAGUAUUAAUAAAAGAAGUAGCGUGCUCUAAUUUUUUUUAUUUUUUAUUUUGUUGAUCUGCUCUUUUCCUUUUCUUGUUAAUAUGAAGUAGUAGCAUGUGCUUUUCUUUUUCUUUCUUUAUACUCUCUGUCCAUUUUUAUUUGUCCAUGUUUCUUUUGCUGCUUACACUCCUUAAGGAAGCAAUAAUAAUCCCAUACCUAAUUAUUAGAAAUUAUCUAAAUAGAUGAAAUCAAUCAAACAUAUUUUAAUAGUUGUGCAGUCAUUAA